AUGCCUAUAACGGCCCCAUUAAGCUUCCUCCAGGCGAAUAUCAACCACUGCGCCUGCGCUCAGGAUCUGUUACUCCAGAGCAUGGCGCAGUGGUCGAUUAACAUCGCUGUGGUCGCCGAGCCGUAUUUUGUCUGGCCUAGGAAGGACUGGGUGGCGGACCUUAACGGCUCAGUGGCCAUCAUUUCUUCGGCCGCCGCCGGUACCCCGACCCUUGAAGGUGUCAGAAGGGGUCAGGGGUGCGUAGCAGCACGGUUCGGGGAGUUCGUCGUUGUGGGGGUGUACUUCUCCCCGAACCGAUCUCUCGCCGAGCUCCACAACUCUCUUGCAGAGCUGAGAGCAGUCGUCGUCGGAAGCUAUCCCCUCCCCGUGCUUGUCCUCGGGGACUUCAAUGCCAAGAACUUGGCUUGGGGUUCUCGUCGUACAGAUGUGCGGGGUAGGAUGGUGGAAGACUGGGCUCUGGAGACAGGCCUGGUCGUCCUGAAUCGGGGUUCUGUAGUUUCUGUCCCCACGUGUGUGCGGAUGCGGGGCGAGUCGGUGGUGGACAUUUCGUUCGCUAGCCCCGCUCUGUCGCCGCGUGCCAUUGGCGCAUGA